AUGAUUUUUGCUCUGACAACUCUACUAUCAGUGGUGGGACUGGUCACCAGUAACGGAGAAACCCACAACAAGAUCCUCAACUUCCCCACAGCCAGCACAGCAAACUACAUCAGCUUCAACCCUGACCUUCCUGAGCUGACUGGACUGACCGUAUGCGCUUGGAAGAAGAACAGCUUCCUGGAAAGGAGAACAGGUAGAUACUGGUUCAGCUACGCAGUAUCAGAAUCCGACAAUGAGAUCAUCGUGGGUAACUCCGCGUUCUACGUGAAGUCAGCUUACGUUUACAGUCAGGUGCCACUAACAUACCAGUGGGUCCACAACUGUGCAACCUGGGAUUCAGAGAGUGGAGUAGCUGUCAUCAGUAUCGACGGAGAAGCAGCAGCGACUCAAGAGAACCUUAAGAAGGGUGAAAGUUUGAGGGCAGGAGGUAACCUGGUUAUCGGACAGGAGCAGGACAGUGUUGGAGGAGGGUUCAGCGCCAACCAAGCCUACGUUGGUGAGCUCUACAACAUAAACGUGUGGGACUAUGCCCUUGACUCUACAGAGGUGGCUUCUCUCUACCAGGCGGGUCUUUGUGGAUACGGCUCUACUGAGGAGGACCCCGUCAUCUCUUACGCUGAUAUUCUGGCCCAGGAACUGGUAGGGGAUGUAACCGUCGUUGAUGGGACCUGCGCUGACAUUGAAGUUCCAUGUCAGGAGUACAAAGAAGAAUGCUGGGAAACAGAAGAGAAGAUCAAGUACAAAGACGGAGGAAAGUUGGGCUAUAUUGUGGGAACCGUGGACCAAGCCAAGGCAGCGUGUAAUGCUCACGGUGAGUGUAAGACUUUGACUUGUCUCGAGAAAAAAGGUAAGAUGAGAUGCGAGUUGAGGUCUUCGUUUGAGAAAGCAAAGAAAGACAAGAAGAAGACAUCGUUUACUUACAGAUGCUAAACCAUUGCAGUAUUGCUGGGGAUGUAGUUUAUGUUUUAUUUUAAAGUCGAGAUUUUCCAAAUUAGUUUGUUGAAUUAAAUGAUUAAAUUCAUUUUCUUUACGUCAAUUAUUUCCAUCGGUGCAAGCAUAUUUUACUAUUGAAGAGCAUAAAGUGGUUACCUUGGCUACAGCAUGAAACUAGCAUACAAUAGUUUUGUUUACGUUAAGCGAAGUUGAUUUGAUUAAUCAUUAAUCGUUAGCAGCUCAAUAACUUUUAUUUAUUUUGCUUGACUAGAACAUUUUCUGGAUGUAGAAAAAAUUGGAUCUUAGUAAUGUUUCUGCCAUUUAUGUAAUUAUGUAGUUGUGUUCUCAAACUCUUUUGAAAA